CAUGACUUCGACGCGCAAGUUCUGCUGCGACGACUUGUUCCGAUUCAACAAUGUGAACCUGGACGUGCUGACAGAGACGUACAACAUGUCGUUCUACCUUCAGUAUCUGUCCAAGUGGCCGGACUAUUUCUUGGUGCAGGAGGACCCGAACAACACCAUCAUGGGCUACAUCAUGGGCAAAGCUGAAGGCCAAGACACCAAUUGGCAUGGACACGUGACAGCUGUGACGGUGGCCCCAGAGUUCCGACGUCUCGGACUAGCCAAGAAGCUCAUGGACUACCUGGAGAAUGUGUCGGUGGAACUCUACGAUGCCUACUUUGUGGACUUGUUCGUGCGUGUCUCCAACUCGUUGGCCAUCGGGAUGUACGAGAAAUUCGGCUACUCAGUAUAUAGACGCGUCCUUGGGUACUAUUCGAGUGCAGACGACGGGGAAGACGCUUUUGAUAUGAGGAAGGCACUGCCUCGAGACAUCCACAAGAAGUCGAUCAUACCGUUGCCGCAUCCGAUCACACCAGACCAAUUGUAGUUGUGAGUCAAGGAGAAAAAUGAAAUUUGCAGUUGCAACAUGCAACAAAA